AUGACUGUCGGCGAUAACAAUAAUAACGAUGAUCGUUCAAUCAACAAUAAGAUGACACUCAGAGGUGCCGCCAACACUAUAAAGCACAGUGUGGGAUUGUACUUUGGAGUGGUCGACCAACCAAAUCAAAACAGCAAUGGCCAGAACAGUGACAAUCCAUACUGGAUGCAACAGGGCUUCUGGGAGCAAAACCAACCUCAACCAUCUUUAAAACUACAACAACAGCAACGAGCUGAUUUGGAAAUGGCACCACUUCCUCCUUCCUAUGCUUCACAUGACUUUACCCAGCAACCACUACCACAACAACAACAACCACAAUCUUACACGCCAACUGGCGAAACACACACCGCAUCAGCUCCAACACUCGAUUACUACCCACCAGAGAUGGUUGAUGCUGAUGGAGGUGCUGGUCCGGCUCGUCGUGCCCGUGGAAGAGGCCGUGGCAGAGGUGGAUACCCAACACAAGAGUCUGGUAGAUUCGAUCAGAGCACUGACUCGGCACCAACUGCACCACUCACUCCCAUGACACCAAUGGGAGCCAGCAGUCUUAGACCGAUGCCUCGUCGUGGAGUCUCAUCGUUCAACCUCAAGGACGACGAUGUAUCAGCUCCACCUCCACCUCCACAGUACUAUCCAUUCUUUGCCAUUCUGAUCAGUUUGGUGGACGUAGCUGUACUGGUUUGGGAGAUCAUACUAAACAAGGGCUUUGAGCCAUGGAAGGUCAAUCCAUGGUUUGGACCAUCGGCCUCAGUGCUCCUUCAGGCUGGAGCCAAGUACACACCCUACAUGCUCGCUGGUGAAUGGUGGCGUUUCUUCUCUCCAAUGUUCCUUCACGUUGGAGUGUUCCACUUGCUGAUGAACCUCAUGACACAACUGCGCAUUGGCAUGCAGCUAGAGCGACAGUAUGGCUCACACCGUAUCGUUCCCAUCUACUUGCUCUGUGGUGUGAUGGGUAACCUGUGCUCUGCGAUCUUCCUGCCACUAUCGGUCCAGGCAGGAGCGUCUGGCGCCAUCUUUGGAUUCCUUGGCGUGCUGGUCACCGAUCUGUUCCGCAACUGGAGUCUCCUCAAGAGUCCGGUGAUCAACUGCUGCUCACUGCUCUUCACGGUGGUGUCAUCGUUUGCCGUUGGUCUGCUACUGCCUGGUGUGGAUAACUUUGCACAUUUGGGAGGCUUCAUCAUGGGCAUCCUCGGCAGUCUCAUCUUCCUGCCCAGUCUGACGCCCAAGCGAGCAGUUGGCAAACGAGUAUGUCUGGUGAUCAUCGUGCUGCCAUUGACCGUGGCAGUCUUUAUCACAUUGUUUGCAGUGUUUUACCGCCAGAUUCCAACAGAGACCUGGUGUCCCGCUUGCAAGUAUGUCACAUGUCUACAGUUCCUCAGUUGGUGCAAGGCUGGCAACAGU